AUUCGAGAUGGCCGCCCUGACAGGAGAAGGUUCUUCCGACUUCAUUAUCGGCUCCAAAACAACUAGAAUGUCUACGGUCUUGAACUUCAGACGGUUCGUCAAUGAUCGCCUCGCCGCUGCUGCCAGAGAAAUCUUCGGUGUGUUCGAGCAAACCGUCGCAGAGUUGGAGAAGGAACUGGAACGCCAGCAAAAAGCGCAGGCUGUAGAAACUGCGGUCCUUCGGAACACGUCAGAUGUGCAGCAGCUGCUAGUGAAUCCAGACCAGCUUCCCCAUGGGCAGCAGGAUUUGAACUUUAGUCUUGACCAGGUGAAAGAGGAGCGUCCACACAGAAGAGAAGAAGAGCAGAAGUUUCCCUUCAAUAUUUUGGUGGUAAAGGUGGGCGAUGAGCGGGCUGCCAAACUCCCUGUUGAGAGUGAACAUGGAACUCGGCCUUCGCCGCUUCUCCAGAAACAGGGGGAGCUCUACUCGAGCCAAGCAAUGCCAACAGUCCUUGAUGGAGUGUGUGAAGAACCAGAACCAGCCAGCAACUUAAAUGGGGAUUCACCUCUGCACACGGAAUAUUCCACAGAUGACAGUAAAGACUGGUUGGAAAUGCAGGUCCUUGAAUCUGUCGGUGAGAAAAGAAAUCACCCUGGUGAUAAGUCGCUGACCUGCUCUCGAUGUGGAAGAGCAUUCAGUUUUCAAGAAGCUCUUGCUGAACACCGGACGACGUGCAGCGGUAAAAACCUAUUUUGCUCUUUUUGUGGCCAAGGGUUCACCAGGAGAGAAGAGCUGAGGAGCCACGUGAUUUGUCACACGAGAGACAUGCCAAACAGUUGUUUAGAGCCGACGGCUAGUUUUUCAUCCACUGGCAGCAGCGUGGCCAACUGCAGUGGGAAAAAACGGUUCUGUUGCUCAGAAUGUGGGAAGUGGUUCACACAGGUGGGAGUCCUGAACCGCCACAAGAGAAUUCACACAGGGGAAACACCAUUCGGCUGCUCAGGAUGUGGUCGACGAUUCAGGCGGAAAGAUGAGAUGCUGAGACACCAGCGAAAUCACAAAGAGAGAAACCAGGACUCUGUUCAGAAUAUUCAGCAGACUUAGUAAAUAUAUAUUGUAUAUAAAACAAAAAUAUUGUUGAUGUUUAUUCAUUGAUCAUCACAUUUGCUUUGAACAAUUUUGUGUGUUUAAGCCCAGAGAGAGCAGUUUGCUAUCGGCUUGUCUAUUCUAACUUUUGGGUCAACCACAUUGUAUAAAUACAAUUUGACAAUUCUGUUUCCUGCCAACAAAGACGCACUGAAGGGUAAAUAAUGGUGUGUAAUUAACACAGAAUGAGGAAGAGAAACCUGUUUGUUUGUUCUCGUAAUCAUGCCUGCAUGCUGUCACUUUUAUGAAACUGUUUUAAUGCAUUUUGAAGUAAUAAAACUGGAAAAGAGGA